AUUUACUGUAGUUAUUAUCUCUAGUCAGUCAGAGCUCAGUUUCUCUCUUCUCUGAUAAGAAAGUAGCACCAGAAUUAAUCUUCUAAGCUAGCAAUGUACCAUUUACUUACCACACUAUUCUAAUCACAGACCGUGCCUCUGACACGCAUCCCUCCAUUGUACCUUUCCAAGCAACCAAAUAUAAACCCUUCAAUUUUUGCUCUUUUAUUUUCCUACCUCUGUAUACAUACGGUAUUGAGGCUAAAGGAAUACAUUUCCGCAAUACGUCACGUGUUUAAACAUCAUAAUUUCAGGGUAGUAAUUGAGCGGCGCUUGAAAUUCAAUUGGUCGCAUCUCAGCUCCUACUCACUGAACGAAAUAAUAGCCCACACUACCAACUAAAUUAACUCAGUCUACACCACAGGAGUUCAAUAAAGAUGACGGAGGGAGAAGAAGUCGGGCUUGAGAAGCGGUUGGGUUUGCUCAACGGAUGCGGAAUUAUCAUCGGCAACAUCGUCGGCUCUGGGAUUUUCAUUUCCCCGACUGGAGUGCUGACAAACUGCGGAUCAGUGGGAAUGUCCUUAGUCUUUUGGACCCUCUGUGGACUCUACUCUAUCUUAGGAGCUCUUUGCUACGCUGAGCUGGGGACGACCAUAAAAGCAUCGGGAGGAGAGUAUGCCUAUAUAUACGAAGCAUUCGGACCGUUAAUGGCCUUUAUGCAAAUGUGGGUAACGGUAUUAGUGAUUAGGCCGGCUGCGCAAGCUAUCGUGUCUCUUACCUUUGCUCAAUACAUCGUGCAGCCUAUCGCCGAUCACCUGGAAUUGGGAUGCUCGCCGGAAGACACCAAAACAGCCGUUUUGUGCCUCGCAUUUGCUUGCAUCUUCCUCAUCACCUUCAUCAAUUGCGUCAGUGUCAAAGUGAGCACCUGGAUCAACGAUAUCUUCAUGAUAGCCAAGGUGCUCUCUCUUGUCCUCAUUAUCGUUACAGGCGCAUUUCAUAUGAUCUUCAAGGGGCAGACCCAGAACUACAAAGGUGCAUUUGAAGGAACUAUUUGGAACCCGUUUGACUUGUCAAUGGCCUUCUACAGUGGAAUGUUUGCGUAUGCAGGCUGGAACUACCUCAACUUCAUGACUGACGAAAUUGUGAACCCCAAUCGAAAUCUUCCAUUGGCAAUCAUUAUUUCGCUUCCUCUCGUCACUGUUAUCUACGUCCUGGCCAAUGUUGCAUAUUUUGCUGCAAUGUCUCCCGAGGAAAUGAAAGCGUCAAGUGCUGUCGGAAUCAGUUUUGCUGAUGAGUUUUUGGGUCCUGUUUCCUGGAUCAUGCCAAUACUGGUGGCGUGCUCAACUUUCAGUGCAGUCAAUGGAAGCAUCAUGACCGGAUCCCGAUUGACGUUUGCAGGCGCCAAGAAUCGACAGAUGCCGCAGUUCCUGGCCAUGAUAAAUCUGGACUUCAAGACUCCGAUACCAUCCGUGUUUCUUACCGGUUUCAUCUCUUGCUUGAUGUGCUUGCCGGACGAUAUCGGAUCAAUUCUGAACUAUUUCAGUUUCGUGUUUUAUUUCACAAUCGAGCUCGCAGUGUGUGUGCUGAUAUUCUUGCGGUUUAAGCGUCCCGAGUUGGAACGACCUAUAAAGUUUCCGAUCGUGAUGCCGAUUGCGUUUGUUCUUAUCUGCACUUUAGUUCUGUUGCUCUCGAUCAAAGCGGACCCAAUGUCCACUGUCAUGGGACUUCUUAUGACUCUUUCGGCUAUUCCAGUUUACUUCAUAUUUGUAGUCUGGGAAGAUAAGUUGAGGAUAAUCUACAUUCCGCAGAUAGUUGAGAAGUUCACCCUUUUCCUCCAGAAGUGGCUCAAACUGGUACCAGAGAAAGCAGACAAUGCAAUCCAGAUGACACCGACCAGUGGCGAAAAGGGGGCCACGGAGGCCUAAGAAGAUUACUUUGGUGGGGGCUGUGGAUUCUUAUCAACCACUGCCAAAACUGUUGCGGUCAAUCAAUCACCGGACAAAGCACAACACAACAAUGGAUAAUAAUCAAGUAGCUGAAAUCACUCAAAUCGUCAAAUGCUUCAUAUAUUCUUACAGCAGCUGUAUUUUGUGUUUGAAACCUGUAAAUUGUAACCACCCUUUACUCUCAAGUAGUGCUCUUUUACUAGUUGUUUGCAAGGUAUAGCUCUUUGAAAUUUUGCAGAGACGCUUCAAAAAGCAGUGCUUUGAUUUGACAAAUUGUUUUGGCAAAGGUGGAUUUGUGUAGUAGUGUCUAUUUUGGAUCUUUUCGGAUGAUUUGCUGUCGCCGUUGAGACUGUUCGAAAAAUUAAAAUCAGAACUCACGAAAAGAUUCAUGUUCAACCUCGAAAUUGUUUAUUAUUAUGCUGAAAUUGAUUCCAAAAUCCCUGAUCUUGACUGUACCACUAUGAGAAGAGAAAAAAACAAGGUUUGAGCAAAGUUUGUUCAAUUGAAAUAUUGUCAGAGGGAAAAGCAUCAAUUUUGCGUGGAUUUUGGUUAUGAAAAAAGGAUGAGAUUUAAGUUUGAUGCGCACAACCGGCAAGUAGUUUUUCUCUGCCAAAGUUUACAGCAGUAUUCCAGUCAAUUACCUCAUUCUGAAUCUUUGCAGUUUACUGGUCAUAUUGUUUCUCUUGGUCAAAUUCUCUCUCCUAAUGGCUGUUAACCAAUUAUUAAUUAACCAACUGCUGCAGUUAAAUUCGUAAACAACUCGUUUCAUUUUCAAUCGUACUCGUUGAAAUAUCAGGACGAUUGUUCCAAGUUGGGUUCAAGGGUAUAUCUGUUUUUACUUUAUGAUAAUUAAUGGAUUCAAUUGUAUUUGUAUUUGGACUACUGUAUUCGCUAUUUGUAAAUUAAUCGAAGAUUAAGCUUACAAAUUCA